GCCAUGUUGUCGGGUUAAAUCUCAAAUCUGUUGCCCCAGUUUGCUCACUUUCCACGGACAGUAAGUUCUCUUAGAGCCGCUGACAGGUGUCAAAGUUCCAGGAUGUCCAGCGUUUCCUACUAUAUCUCCAACCUGCUGGAGAAAAUGACAUCCACUGACAAAGACUUUAGGUUCAUGGCUACCAAUGACCUGAUGCUAGAGCUGCAGAAGGACAGCAUAAAGCUGGAUGAGGACAGUGAGAGGAAAGUGGUGACGAUGCUGCUCAAACUGCUGGAGGACAAGAACGGGGAGGUGCAGAACCUGGCAGUGAAAUGCCUGGCCCCUCUGGUGAGCAAAGUGAAGGAGCCUCAGGUGGAGGUGAUGGUGGACACGCUGUGUUCCAACAUGACGUCGGACAAAGAGCCGCUCAGAGACAUUUCCAGCAUGGGGCUGAAGACGGUGAUCGCUGAGCUGCCGCUGACUUCCACAGGUUUGACGCUGACAGUGGGUGUGUGUAAGAAGAUCACCUCCCAGCUGAUCGGAGCGAUGGGGAAACAGGAAGACGUCUCCGUUCAGUUAGAGGCUCUGGACAUCCUGUCAGACAUGCUGGGAAGGCUGAGUGGUGCUCUGGUCAGUUUCCACAGCGCUCUGCUCUCCAGUCUGCUCCCUCAGCUGACCAGCUCCAGGAUGGCUGUGAGGAAGCGCUCCAUCUUGGCUCUGGGUCACCUGGUUCCCUGCUGUAGCCCCGCCCUCUUCUCCCAGCUGACUGAACACCUGACCAAUGAGCUCGCCAAGGCCCCGCCCGUUUCCAUGGCGAGGACGUACAUCCAGUGCCUAGCAACCGUCAGUCGUCAGGGCGGCCAUCGAGUCGGUGAACAUUUAGAGAAGUUAAUCCCGAUGGUGUUGAAGUUCACGGACGUGGAGGACGACGAGCUGAGAGAGUACUGUUUCCAGGCCUUUGAAGCCUUUAUACGCAGCUGUCCAAAGGAGAUGUCCCCACAUGUUUCCACGGUGACAAAGCUUUGCCUUAAGUUCAUGACCUUUGACCCAAACUACAACUAUGACGAUGAAGAGGAGGAGGAAGACAGCAUGGACGUGGAGGAAGGGCUGGAGGAAGAGUCAGACGACGAGUACAGUGACGAUGACGAUAUGAGCUGGAAGGUGCGUCGCUCCUCCAUCAAGUGUCUGGAGUCUCUGAUCGCGACGCGGCGGGACCUCCUGCUGAGCUUCUUCUCCUCCGUCUGCCCCGCCCUGCUGGCCCGCUUCAAGGAGCGCGAGGAGAACGUGAGGGCGGACGUGUUCAGCGCAUUCUCCUCGCUGCUCAGACAGACCCGAGGGGGAACUAGCCUGCAGGGAAACAUGAGGCCCGGGGGGGAGGAGCCGGCCCUCACACUGCUGAAGACACAGGUGCCUCUGAUAGUGAAGGCUCUGCACAGGCAGCUGAAGGAGAAGAGCAUCAGAUCCAGACAGGGCUGCUUCUCCCUGCUCUCUGAGCUGAGUCACACUGCUCCUGGAGCUCUGGAGACGCACAUCCCUGCUCUGAUACCAGGUAUCGUCUUCUCCCUGACUGACAGGUCCUCCUCCUCCACCAUGAGGAUCGAUGCUCUCUCCUUCCUCCAUGUUCUCCUCCUCUCCCACCCUCCUGAAGCCUUUCAGCCACACAUGCAGGUGCUGCUCCCCCCGGUGAUCUCCUGUGUGGAGGACUCCUUCUAUAAGAUCACCUCAGAGGCUCUGCUGGUGGUCCUGCAGCUGGUGAGAGUGAUGAGGCCUCAAGGACCCUCAGCAGGGGGGGGAUUCGACCCCAAACCCUUCGUCAGAGAGGUGUUUUCCGUGACCCUGAAGAGGCUGAAGGCCACAGACAUCGACCAGGAAGUGAAAGAGAGGGCUAUUUCCUGUAUGGGUCACAUGGUGUGUCACCUGGGCGACCACCUGGGGGCGGAGCUUCAAGGUGUUCUAGCCAUCUUCCUGGAGAGGUUGAAGAACGAGAUCACGAGACUGACCGCCGUCCGGACCCUCACCCUCAUCUCCGCCUCCCCCCUUAAAGGUGCAAUCGACCUGUCCUCCAUCCUGCCGGAGACGCUCUCAGUUUGGGAUCUUUUCCUCCGAAAGAAUGACGAUGCGAGUUCCUGCAAGCUCGGGGCGCUGGCCUGUCUCACCUCGAAUCAUCACGCAUCAAGGCGGCAAAUCAUCAAACCUGCCGCGCUGGAACCGGUCUCCUGAGCAGAGCUGCCGGGUCUGGUGGACGAGAGCACAUGCCACGUAUCACAGGUCUCCGUCUCCCUGCUCAGCGUCAUGGCUCGGUCCUGCCCCCCCUCUCUCAGUACGAUCAGCCUCUCGGUGCUGCCCUGCGUCUUCAGGCUGGUUCUCUCUCCUCUCCUGCAGGGGGCAGCGCUCUCCUCCAUCCUGGACCUCCUGCAGGCGCUGGUGCUGUCCAACACCUCCAACCUGGGCUACAGUCAGUUGCUGAAGUCUCUCACAGAUCCGUUCCACCUCCCCUCCUCCUCUUCCUCCUCUUCCUCCCCCCUGAUCCACAGACAGUCGUAUCUCUCUGUUUCUCGCUGUGUGGCGGCUCUCUCCUCCUCCUGCCCCAAAGAAACCCCCUCCACGGUGAAUGGACUCCUGCAGGAGGUGAAGAACCCUGGUUCUCCAGAGUCGGCCCGUGUGCUGGCUCUUCUGUGUCUGGGGGAGGUGGGGAGGAGCGGCAGCCUGGGGGGGAGGAAGGAGGUGCAGGGAGUCAUCCUGGAGGCCAUUUCUUCCACCAAUGAGGAGGUGAGGACGGCAGCGUCCUGCGCCUUGGGCAGCAUGGCGGUGGGCAGUCUGAGCGACUACCUUCCCUUCCUGCUGACGGAGAUCUCCACCCAGCCGAGGAGGCAGUACCUGCUGCUGAACUCCCUCAAAGAGGUCAUCAGUGCCUGUCCAGCCUCCAGUCUCUCCCCCCACGUUGAGUCCAUCUGGUCUCUGCUCUUCCAGCACUGCGAGUGUCCGGAGGAGGGAACCAGGAACCUGGUGGCUGAGUGUCUGGGAAAACUGACUUUAGUGAACGCUGCACAGCUCCUGCCUCGACUCAAACAGCAGCUGAGAGCCGGCUCUCCUCUGGCUCGCAGCAUGGUGGUGACGGCUGUGAAAUUCACUAUCGUCGAUCAUCCUGCUCCAAUAGACGCUCUGCUGAAGGACUGCAUAGGUGACUUCCUGCAGACCCUGCAGGACGACGACCUGAACGUGCGGCGCGUCUCCUUGGUGAUGUUUAACUCUGCCGCUCACAACAAGCCGUCUCUCAUCCGCGGUCUCCUAGCAACAGUGCUGCCUCAUCUGUACAGAGAGACCCAGAUCAGGAAGGACCUCAUCAGAGAGGUGGAGAUGGGUCCGUUCAAACACACGGUGGACGACGGUCUGGACGUCCGUAAGGCUGCGUUCGAGUGCAUGUACACUCUGCUAGACAGCUGCAUGGAGGGGCUGGACGUCCUGCUGUUCCUGGACCACGUGGAGGAGGGACUCAAAGAUCACUACGACAUCAGGAUGUUGACGUUCCUGAUGUUGGCCCGCCUCGCCUCUCUGUGUCCUGCAGCCGUUCUGCAGAGACUGGACCGACUGAUCGAGCCUCUCAAAGCCACCUGCACCACCAAGGUGAAGGCGGGAUCGGUGAAGCAGGAGUUUGAGAAGCAGGAGGAGCUUCGGCGCUCUGCGAUGCGUGCCGUCGCCGCCCUGCUGGCCGUGCCCGAGGUGGAGCGCAGCCCCAGCAUGGCCGACUUUGCAAACCAGAUCAGAACCAACGCAGACAUGGCCUCCAUCUACCAGAGCGUUCAGGGGGGGGAGGGGUGCGGCAUCGGGCCCGCAGAGAGCAUGGACAUGAGCUAGAAUUGGGAGUGUUUUAUUUUAAAGGUCACCUAUUAUGCAAAAUCCACUUGUUGACGUCUCUUAUACAUAAACAUGUGUCCCCUCUUUGGAAAGCUGAUCAGAUUUUGGCCAC